AUGAGCGGGAAGAAGUUCAAAUCGCAGGCUUCAAGCAGCAGAGCGGCUGCCGGUGGCUUUGGAGGAGGUUCCUUCAGCCCAUUCGGCGGUUUCUCUACGCCUGGGCUUGACCAGGAAACUCCGGCAUCUUCUCUAUCAUAUGUCUAUGAGCCUCCGGACUUGUCACAGAUAUCCGACCCUCAGGUUGUGGUUACGUUUAAGAAUCUUUUAAAAAAGGAUAGCACUACGAAAGCCAGAGCGCUUGAAGAUUUGCAGGGUCAUAUAUCUAAUACAGUGUCAAGUGGCUCUUUUCUUGACGAUGGAUUGUUAGAAGCAUGGUCUAAGGUUUAUCCACGUACCUCAAUAGAUUCCUCUCGCCGAGUCCGGCAGCUUGCCCACAGCCUACAGGGAUAUAUCGUAUCUACAGCUGGAAAACGAAUUGUGCGGUAUAUCAGCGGUACCAUAGGUGCAUGGCUGGCAGGCUUAUACGAAAACGAUAAGCUUGUUAAGAAGUCUGCGCAGGACUCACUCAUAAAGUCCUUCCCUACGGAGGAGAAGCAACAGGGCAUAUGGACUGUGUACCAAACGUCCAUACUAGAGUUCAUAGCGGAUGCUACACUCCAGCAAACUCCGCUGACUUUGAGUGACGAAAGAACCGUACGGCCGGAUGAUGCUGAAGCAAAAUAUGCGCGGGUGGUAGCCACGGCGUUACUGGAACUUAACAGGCUUUUAGCCACGACCUCGGCAGAAAAGCUCUCCAAAGAUGCAGACUCUGUAGAGAAAAUACUUCAAAGUCGAAAUCUGUGGAAGUUUUCCUACCAUGAGGAUGCCUUUGUCCGACGAUCCUUAAAAGAAAGAUCAAAAGGGAGAGAUAUAUCCUCAUCCAGAUUUUCGGGACUUUUAUUGGCACUGACCAAGAAAUCCCCUCAACUAUGGACUACAGACUACUCCGCAAAAUCCCCAGUUAAGAAGCAAUUAAUGCGAUAUAUUAAAGCUGGCUCAGAGGGAGCAGGCCCUUCAUACUGGUCGGAGUUACAGCUUAUCUUGCAAUUACUCCCCACAGAGGUGCUAGAAAUUGGUGGUGGUGACGAGGUUGCCAUACAAUCCAUAGCAUCCAUCGUUGAGGCAAUCCACUGUUCGCUGAAGAAGAGAGAGGAGGCAAGGACAAACUUAUUAGCUGCCUGGUCUGCUUACAUCAAAACGAGCAUUUGGAUGACCAGUAAGAUUCCCGUAGGCGAAAAGCGUUUCAAAUUUCUGGAGGACCAUCUAUUUCCAAUCCUUGUGCAGUUCAUUGCUGCGGAUCAAUCACAGGCUGCAUGGACAAUAGACGAUCCCAAUGCCUCCAAGAUUUGUGUUGAGCUGUUUAUCGCUCUAAACCAGAUGCUAGGAGACGAUACCACACGUGGUUUAUGUACAAACUUGGCAGCAAUACUGAAAGAUUGUAUACUAAUCUCCGAGCCAGAACAAUCCCAAAAGUACCGAGCUUCUCAGGACUCGAUUUGCUCUAAAGGAAACCGGUUUUUCACUAUUUGCAGCGGGGUUAUUACAAAAGCUUCUGGAAGCAAUGACUAUGGCGCUAUUGUGGAAUCUAUCAAGAAGAGCUCGUUUUCUUUGAUAGAGACGUCUCUUCAGACUCUUCAAUCUAGAAAUGGGAAACCCUAUGGUGCUGCAGCAGUUGUUGAUGAGGCUCUUACCAAGAUACCAUCACUAACGGGUGAAAUGGAAGUUUUGGGCCCGUUUGUUAGUGAUGUCCUCCCUCAGCUCAUUUUGUCACCCUCAGCAGAUCGCCUGGUCUCCAUUCUGUUUGCCUGCCGGGGCAGGAAGGGAUUUAAUAAUGCCCUAGCGAAAGUUAUUGGUACAUACCACAAUACUCUGCUAUCCUCCUCUCAACUACCAUCAAUGGGCAAAUUAUUUUCCUCGAUGACAGAUUUUGACGCAGAAAACAAUCCAGUCUUCAAACCUUUGGUUUUAGAUUCAAUAAUGGAGGUUCUCCGUGGACUACUGCUACUUUCCACAGAAAGUUCUGCACCAAUCCAAUCUUAUGUUGCGAGCUCAAAUGGCUCGAAAUUGAUUUCCAAGCUGUUAUAUCUUACCGAAUCUUCCAAUGAGGAGGUAGCAUUACUCGCAGCAUCGUUGAAAGAACAAAUUACCAGCAUUGCGGGUGAAAGCAAUUCCCUAAGGCCAACUCUUCAAGUUUUGGAAAGGAACUUUACAACGGUGGAUGAUGAAUCACUAUCUGUCGAAUCGUUAGUAGCUAUUGUGCAAGAAGUCCUUGGUCAAUCAUCUGAAGACAGUCGCGCUAAGCUAUUACUGUCACUUCUACCUCGAGAGAGUUCAUGGAAGGUUGCUUUGGAGCCUUUCUUUGAAGUGCCACCAAAGCAAUCAUGUUCAAUAAUGAGCCAUCUAGGGGGAGCCGUGCAUAUCAUGAAUGCGCCACGGAGCUUGGAAGUGUUACGAUCUCUUCCAAGAGAUAGGGACAGCUUUCCGUUAGCAUUUCGGAUUGCAUACUAUGUCACAAAGCUCCUAAAGUCUGCUGGUAUCGACAACGUGCCUUUGCCAUCUCUAGAAAAUGUAUUCACGUACUUUCCAUUGGUCAUCCAGCUUGUUGAUGAAGAAUUGAGCAUUGACGAAUCUACGACAAUCCUAUAUCCUCUCACCCCUGAAACCCGAGCCAUUGCGAUUGAACUUGUUUCAGAGGCUCGCAUUCUCAUGAAUGGUUGGAUCCAGAAGUCAUGUACAGCAGACGCAGCUUACAAGUCCGGGAGCAGGUCAUUUGUAUCAUUUUGGGAGAGGAAUUUAUACAACUUUGAAGGCAACGGCCCUAGGGCGUACCGGUUUGCAGAGAGCUUUGCCCGCAUUGUAGCCGAAAGGGAUGCAAUUAGGCAGAUGCCGUCUGCUGACAGCAAAUUGCAAACGGCGAUGGAAAUUCCCGCGCUUUCUAACCCCUUUGUCCUUAUUGCAAACGUUGUUGGGUAUAGGGAUUCGAUCAUCGAAACGCAAACCGCUACAAAGCUCUGUAACCAGCUAGUUGCAGAUAUCACAGGUUUGAAGGACACAGAUAAUGUUGGAGAUCUACGAAAAUUGGUAGUCCUCAAUUCUCUAAUGCACGGAGAAAGGAAUCCAGCGAAAAAUAUCCCCACGCAAAGACUGGUAUUCUUAGUAAAACAUUUAAUCGUGUGCUUGCAGUCUGGGAAAUCUGGUGCUGGGAUAAUCUCAGAAAUACUGAAGCUUUUAUCAGCAGUUUUACCCUUGAUGAAGGAGGUUUAUGGAUCGCACUGGCCGGAAUUAUUUGAUGUGCUGAACUCAUUAUGGCAAACGGGUGACCUAUCCAGCGAAUACCUUCCUGUUCUACAUUCCUCAUUGCGUUUGUUCAGUUGCUUAAGGAAACUGGCUACCGAUGACAGCAAUGAGGACCUAGAGGAUGCAUGGAAGGAAGCCCGAAAGUCGCACACAGAGAACAUGGUUAACAUGUUGAAGCAGUUUGGCCCCUCCUUUCGCUCUGAUCAGCCUUGGGACAUCACUACCGAUCUUCUUUCGCGAGAGCUGUCUGCCAUCAAUGCCGACUCAAUAUCUGAUAUCAGUGAAUUAUUUUCUAGCCUUUCAAUCGAAAAUAAGGGUGUACAGCGUGCAACGUAUGGAAUAAUUCAUCGAGUGAUACCCAAAAUCCAGGAGGCGCUGUCUUUCGACGUUGCAUUAUCCAAAACUGCCGUCAAUCUACCAGAUCAGCUCUUGGCCCUUCUCUCAGAAGUACCACCAAUAGCACCGCUUAGAGAAGCUACCAUAGACGAGGAUCUCUGGCUCGGUGCUCGUUCGUAUCUCCUUGGCUGGAAAGUAGCGUUUGAUCAUUUCGCAUCUUCGUCAAUCCCGGUUCAAGAGAGCUACAGCUCUGAUAUAAAGCAGAAAGACUGCUUGAGUCCACUAUUGGAUUUUGUAUUUGAUUGCCUGGAAUCACCCCAGGGUCAACUAACUGAUGCUUCGAAAUUCGAAAUCCGCUCAUUCGAACUCGAUACUGCCGAGUCGUCAAAAAAAGAGAUGCAGUGGCUUUUAGUCCAUACUUAUUACCUAGCCUUGAGGUACCUGCCAAACCUCACCCGAGCUUGGUGGGUUGACUGCAAGAAGCGGCUGAAGACGCCUGUGGAAACCUGGACGCAGAAAUAUAUUUCUCCCCUUAUAAUAGAGGACUCGCUGCAGAGCGUAAGCGACUGGUACUCCGGUCAGGACUGGGGCGGCGAGGACCAUGCUCUCGAAGUCAAAGUAUCCUCUAGAGCAGCCGAGAUCAUAGGCAGUAUUGAAAUAGACGAGGAAUCGCCGCCGACCUCUAUUGCUAUUUCGCUCCCCCAAACCUAUCCGUUGCAUCAAGCCACUGUUACUGGGCGCUCUCGCGUAGCCGUUGACGAGAAGAAAUGGAAGAGCUGGCUGUUGGUGAUCCAGGGCGUGAUAUUGUUCUCCAACGGAAACCUCAUGGACGGCCUGAUGGCGUUCAGAAGGAACGUCCAGGGAGCUCUGAAGGGACAAGGCGAGUGUCCCAUCUGCUGCUCCAUAAUCUCCGCCAACAUGCAGACGCCAAACAAGAGAUGUGGAACUUGCAAGAAUACGUUCCAUUCGGACUGCUUGUUCAGGUGGUUUAGGAGCAGCAACUCGAGCAGCUGUCCGCUGUGUCGCAACAGCUUUUUGUAUUCUUGA